GUAAUAUCCUGUUUUCCCCACCCAAAUAGUUCUGGGCACACGCCCAGUUUUUUUUAUGAAAAAAGCAACUUGGGAAGAUAGGAAUUCACCGACGGAGCAUAUUGCACUGACUUACAAAGACAAGAAUCCGUGGAGAAGUUUCGUUUACAAAACAAGUUAUAGCUAUGGAGGGUGCCAUCAAGACAGUGGUUAUGCAGUUUCUAUCUACAGCACGGGGAAAAGAGAGUCUGAAUGGCAAGAGUUUCCAAAAAUUAGUCCAGGGCCAGCUGGGCAACAUUAUGAGUGACACAGACAGCUCUUCAUCAGUCAAAGAAAUGAUGAAAGGGCUAGAUGACAACAAGGAUGGAAAGGUCAGUUUCCAGGAAUACAUGACACUGAUAGGCUAUCUGGCUAACUCACUGAGUGAGCAGAAGACCCAGACCAAUGCAGCCGGCGGACAGUAGGCUGAACGCAACACCAAAAGCAUCAAUGACGUCCGGGGUAGUGUAAUUUGUAAUACUGGAGUCUUGCACAAAUAUUGACUGGGACUAAGUUGUUUAGCUGUUUGACCUAGUUGUUUAAAACCAACAUGUAAAAUUCCCAUUAGAGAAACUAUAUUCCUCAUGAUCUUUUUGAUGUGAUAACUAACUCCCCAUAAAGUAUGCAGUUAUACAGAGACUUAUAAUGAUUUUAAACACUUGUGAAGUCUCUAAUGCCAUGGUGUUAUUGCAAUAUUGUUUACGUAUAUUCAAAUUGUAUUGUUAUGCAAUGUGUGGCCCAUAGGCCCAAUAAGUGCUAAAUCAUAUCUGAGUCUAUUUUUGCCUAUGUUGUUGCUACUUUUUGCUUUUGUAUAAAUUCAAAGUAAUAGAUAUUCCUUUGAGGGCUUCUUUUACAUUUUUAUACGAUUUACUUUGCUUUAAACAAAAUAUGCUGGAAAUUUCCAAACAGGACAGCCAAAAGCAAGACCCAAUAUGGAGAAUAAAUGGAGACAAUGUUUUUGAUAUAAUCUUUCAAUAAAAACAAGACAAUGAUGAUAAAA